GUUGUGGCCAUUCCCCACUAGGGGAUGCUAGUCACUAAACAUCAACUAUCGUUCCUUGCAAAGUUCCAAUAUCGAUUUGCAGGACAAAAAUUUCAACAGACAACUACAACAAAAAGUAAAUUCCCUUUUUUUUUAAAUGACGGAAUAAAAAAAAAGUAUUAUGCAGUUAACAAACAUUCGUGGAGGAGAGAGAAUUUUGAAAAGAAAGGCACUUAUUUCUUUGUUACACAGGCUACGAUGAAAUCCCAAGGGAUUCCCACGUAAUAUUGACGUUCCUGUUUCCGCUUUAUUUUUUCCUUGAAUUUCAUGAGUGUAUCGCCUUGUUUCUUGCCAAACUGCAUCAACGUUAAUCCUAUUUUUCUUUUUCAGAAUCUCGUCUGUAUAGUGGCGAACCGUUUAGUGGCAUUUGAUCUAGCGCGGCGUGAACUGCAUUUCUGUUUCGCCGAGUUAGCGUGUGCAAGAAAAACGGGCAUCACGAAUAUUAGCAACGACCGAAAAUGGAAGUUACUAAAAGAAAAACCUCAACUUCCCCAACCGUGGAACCUGGUCAAGAAGAAGAAGAAUUUGCGCAGCGGUGUAAAGAGAAUUUUAAAGUUGCCACUUUAAAUUGGUUGAUAUUCUCGAAUUGUAUUUCAUUGUUUUUUUACGUCUCUCACAUUGCUUCUAAUCUUUAUUGGCUAACUUACUAUUACAACCAAGAAGAAGAUUGGUAUUUCUUGUGGUACUUGGAGUUUUGUUUAACAUCUGCAGUCGUUGUGGCUCUUCGAAGUUUCUUAUUUUACAAUAACGGUUGGAUAUAUGACAAAAACACAUAUGACCCCCGAGAUCGUUUGCCAGAGGAAUCCUUUACCAAUUGGGCUUGGUGGAGCAAGUGGGUUCUCGGUUUCGUCUGUCCUAUUCCGAGGUAUUUGGAUCUCAUUCAGUAUGCCAGUAAAGCAAAACAAGCCAAGAAAACAGACGACGACAUGCAAAACAUUUAUUUCAUCGCCAUGAUUUGGGAAGAUGCAGAGGUAACCCAACUGCGCCAAUUUGACAGUUUCAUGGAAUCUGCGCCUCAAUUAUUGCUAAGUCUAUACAUUGCUUUAAAAGGAGGAUUCCAUUUUGAAGUUUUAUCGGUGAUAUUCAAAAUCUUCUCUAUCGUUAGCUUAUCAUGGGCGUUGGUCUCGUACGAUCAAAAAAUCUGUUUAAUGGAUGAAAUAAUAAAACACGGCAGUGCGAACCAACGAAACCGAUCAAAUGGCAUCACCAUAGACUUCAACAAUGAUGCAGCUAUUAAUUGUAUUAAAGACGUAAACUGGACCAAUAGCGCCAUUCUAUUUUUGGCUAAUUUUUGGUGGAUAGUUGGCCGACUCAUGGCCUUAAGUUUGUUCGCUUCGGCAUACGGCUGGGUUAUUUGGCCCGUCUGCCUGGUGCACCUGAUCCCAAUUUUCGUUUGGCACAGGAGAAAGAAGUACCAGGUCAUGGACUCAUUGAGGUUGUCAUUUGUACACGUUUUCUCCUACCUGUACCCCACAGAAAAGGCGGGAGAAAAGGAGUCUGAUGCACACCCUCGAUUCCCACCUCCCAUUUACCAAUCUGUCUGCAUGUGCGAGAAUGUGAUCCUUAUGAUCCUGUGGAUGGAAAGUUGCGGUGACGACGGGCCUUGGAAUAAACACAUCUGCAUCAUUCAGUUCGCGACGACUCUUACCAGUUUCGUAUUAUUUUGGUGGUUUAACGAAGAGCGGGAACGCGACACUUUACCACCCGACUCCAGCCCACCUCAAACAGAAGGCACCUGAAACAGUCAACAUUAUAUUCCUAUAAAUCGUUGAUACCGUCUUGAUUUUCUAUGCCAUAUCGUACUUUGCCCCCUGUUUAAGCGUCCCUUGGUUACGUAAAGAGACAUAUUACUACUAAUAGGCCUACAGAAUGACACCUGUCUGCCCCUUCAGCUGUAAGCUGACGAUGAACAAAUCGGAACAAAUGUAGUCGCGAUGUAAUGACAUGCAACAUUUUUCUCUUACGCAUUUUUAUUUUCUUACUUAGGCCUACUCUGUUUUUAACCUAAGGAACGGUAGAUUCGUAGAUUAUUUGAUUGGCACUUACCCUAAGACGAAGUGAUCCACAGGACUUGAUUGGAUUCCAUUCAGACGUGGCACUGCAGCAUCAGAAGCUACGAUACUACUCCCGUCCCGGGUGUGACUCCUCCCACCCUCCACAGUAUACUCGAUUGGAUUUCAGAUAGACGUGGCAGUAUCAGACGUCAAAUACAGCAGGCUAAAACUCUC